AUGGGGCCUGAACUGACAGGAGGGAAUCAUACUGCCUUUGAUGUCCUCAAAAGUGAAUUGUCUCAGAAGACGAACGCUGCAGCCUCAGAAGGGCAGAGGGAUCUUCGUAUGGCCAAGGAUACUAGCGCGAGUUAUCUAGAUCAAGCAAAGACAAUGGUGGAGAGUGUUGUCACUUCUGCUCAGGAGUAUCUUCACGGCAGCACAGAUCCGCAAGCCACGGCUAACCAGCUCAUAGGUUCUUCAACUGGAAUAGCCACACCAGCACCCAGCAAGGCAGAAGGUGGAGUCAUAUCAUCAUUGCAGACGUCGGCAUCAUCUGCUGUUGGCACCGCUCAGCAAUAUCUUGCAUCUGCACAAGCCGCCGCACAACCGCAUAUCGACCGCGCACAAACGAGUUUACAACCACAGGUCGAUAAAGCACGUGAGACAGUAGAGGGUUACUUCGGGACGCACUCUAGCACCUUGCCUUCUGACGCGGUCACCCCGCCGAUGGAAUCGACGGCACGCCCCACCACUGACAUGCCCUUGAAUGGCGAAGAUGUUGCAGGCACGCCAUACGUAUCUGCGACAACCACCCCUGGUGCAGAUGAGAAAAAGCUGGAGUCAAAUGUUGCGUAA